AAAGUAGAAAGUCAACUCCUUAUCUUCUUCUCUCCACUACCACUCGAGAAUAUUCACCCUUAUCAUUUCACUCGUUUCUCUCCUCCAUUAAACCCGAGCACCCUUUUCUUAUCCCUUUCAUUACACUAUCAUUUGAUUUCUCACUCAUUCUCACCACAAAAACGCUCUAAUCUCUCUCAAAUAUCUAGCACUCGAGUGAUUCAUCGGUUUUGACUAUGAAUAUCCACAGAAUUGCUACGAAAGCCAGGAGAAAGGCUUUGUUUCCAGAACCAAAACUACAACGCAUUCCCUCCUCAACCAUAGCCCGAAAACUCUCUCAGUCCAGUAAUAUGCUUGAUGCAAGAAGAAGAAAAGAGGGUUAUGAAGGUUUUGAGAUCAUCCCUAGUGAGUCAAGUGAGGAGACAGAGGAGAUAGAGGAACGAGAUGAGUAUGCGCUUGAGAUAAGCCAUUCAAGCCAAGAAACAGAGGAGAUUGAGCCUCUUGAGCAGUUCACUCGACCACCUAGGUCGAGUAGCCGGUUUGUGGUUACAGAAGAGGAAGCAAUGCUCGAGGAAGAAGCUGCAACAGAAACCCGAGCACCAGUAAGCGCAGUCAGGGCUAGUAGGCCAAAGAGAGGUAGUUCAAGUCAGUCUUCCAGAGACCGAGCAGAGAUUUCUCGCGGGAAGCGGCCUGUAAUGGAGCCGAUGCAGUUGGUUGAUGAAGAUAUCGAGAGCAAAGGUAGUGAGAUAAGAAGUCCAGUGCUCAGGUACUUUCACAAAGCAUUAGCUAGUGCCUUCUUUGCGAGGGAAACCACUGGAACUUUAGUGAAUGGCGAGCUGGAGAUCAUGGAUAUAGCACUGAGGGAUUUGAUGUAUAGCACAUGUGAUGGGAUAGUCAUGAGAGGAGAUCAGUCAGGAACAUCAAUCUCAUUCUAUCUGUUGGAGCAGCUGCUGAGUUACAGAGGAUGGGUUGAGCGGUUGAACAAGCUGGAGACAAAAGGAGUGAUGGCUAUGGGAGGUUUAGUAACUCCAAUCCUGGUAGCAUGCGAUGUCCCAAUGCGCUCCCCAGCUACUCCGCAUAGAUGGGUUGACAUCAAGAGUCUAAUCGCGUCAAAGACUUUGGCCUCCAAGAGGACGAAUGGGUUGUAUAGGUACAAGUUUACUCACCCUCAAGCUGGGAAAUCCAUCUUUCUACUCCCUUGCCCAUCUCUCACUUCUGUUGGCAACUUCGCGGAGUUCAUUCCACCUUUGGAAUCUUUGUAUACUUCUGAGAAUGAGGCUGUACCUAUGGAGGGUGUAGAAGGAGAAGAAGCAGUAGCAGGGUCAGAUGAGGCACAACCAAUGGAUGAAUCAGGUGCAUAUGCGCCAGAGAGGUUCCACUUUCAGGACUACUCCGCGCCUAAGCAGAACAAGAGCCAGCAGGUAGCUCACAAGCAUAUCAGUCUCCUUCAGAAAUGGAACAAGAUGCAAGACAAGGUUAUAGCGAUGCAAGACAAGGUUAUAGCGACGCUCGCCAAGCAGUUCCAUGGUCUACAGAGUAGGUUUAGUUGUUCUACAUCCAGCACCGCCAUUCCUAGAGACAUCUCACCUAGAGAAGCACCACUCCGGAGAAGUACUUCUACACGUCCAACUCCACUCCACAGAAGCGGUUCUAAACGCCCUACACCUGUGACUGACACUCCCUCUGCACCUGCAAGACACUCGGUCUACGAAACACGGGAACACCAAGCGCAGCCUUCUCCACCAAGACAGUCUUCUUAUGAGUCGCGGGAAAGAAAGAAGAAGCGCAAGAUCAAGCAGCGGUCUGCUGUCACUCGAGGAGAGCACUCGAACAUACCACUCGAGCAGCAACCCGAGCAGACAUUCGAGCACCAUCCUGUGCAGCAGCCAGAGCACAUUCCUGAGCAGCAACCCGAGUCCACUGUUCCGAGCUCAUCCCAGCCAGUACCUUGGAGCUACACAAGUGAGAGCAUGGAUGACUACGUCUCCGCUUUCUUCACUUAGACCAGGUAACACCUCCACUU